CCCGGCUGCGCCGUCACUCUCCUCCUCUUCGACCACGUGAAAAACGCCGCUGCGCUGAGAAAAAAGGCCAUGGAAGGAGCCAUCGAAGGAGCAUUAAUAAACCCUGCAAUGAUUGUAGAUCCUUUUCAAGUUCUUGUGGCAGCCAACAAAGCAGUUCAUCUACACAAGAUGGGUAAAAUGAAGACCAGAACUCUCUAUGCAGAAAUUAUUUUCAGCCUUUCACCAGGCAACAAUAUUUCAGAUGCAUUUAAAAAGUUUGGCAUUUCAGACAGUGACACAGCAGUACUCAUUGUUCUGGUUGUGGACAGAGAAAAAAAUGUUAAUCUGGAAGAUAUAGCAUCUCAGGUAGAAGGCCAACAGAUUCCUCUAGAUGAACUCCCGCAACUCACAGACACCGCCAAAGUUAAAAAGAUGUACAAAGUUACUCCGCAGGAAGAAAAAAUCAGCACCUUAUUGGAUAGCGUUGUUUGCAGAAUGUCAACAAAAGAUGCUUUAUGAAAAUGGGGAAAUAAAUUU